AAGCCAAGUAUAUAACGCAAUCAAAGUUUAUUUAUAUUAAUUUGUGUACAAUAUUUCUGAAGAACCCCGCUUUAUCGUGUUUUCUUUUUUAAAUGAAUAUAUCAACGUAUAUAAUAAAUCGCGUCGGGCGAGUUAUCGCAUUAUUACGAGGCUAUUUGAAAGCAAGCGGAAAAUAUGGGAAUCAGAGUCUUAAACGGCUUUGCCUUAACGAGUCGCCCGCUAUGGUCAGGUCCCAUAUUUUCUUGCUCAUCGUGUUCCUUUCAUACCAUCUGUAUGAAUCCUUCGCAGAGCGUCGAGAAAGUGGGCAAUCCGUAUGCCUACUACACGAUCCUCCAAAUCAAUGUGGGGAGUUUUGCCUUACGGCACUGAAGCCAAUGCUCGAUCACAUAGCUUUCCAUCAGAAGGAGUGGAGCACUUGCGAUCAACAGAAACUCAACGAAACGCAGGAAAAAAUUAACCGUAUUGAGGAGCAGCAGAAGGUGCUCUUGGAUAACUUGUCCAAACUGGAUAAGUCUCUGGAGCAGAAGGAAACAAAAAUUGAUCGGAUUGAAAAACUAUUUGAAGCCUUACAGGAAAAAUUUGACAAAAAAAGCGUAUCUUCUCUCUUUCAGCGGAUAGGCUCAAGACUUAUUUACAUCGAAUAUAAAGUUCAUCAGUCUUGGCAUGGCGCGGAAGAACGGUGCCGCCAGAUAGGCGGUCAUCUGGCCACCAUCCAAAACGAUUAUGAUUUCAAUGCAAUCAACAGUAAACUAGAGAGAGGUAAUAGCUAUUGGCUGGGAGUCAGCGACAUCAGCAUGACGGGCGAAUUCCUUUCCGUCGUGUCCGGCAAAAGGGCCCCCUUUUUCAAAUGGAGACAGGGUGAACCAAACAACGUAGAAGACAAAAAUAAUUGUGUGGAUAUAUACAAUGGAAAUAUGUUUGAUACCAACUGUGACGUAGAACAAAAAUAUAUUUGUGAAGCUGAUGGUUAAGGAAAGAAAGGUUAUAGUUUUUACAUUAGUUGUACUGAGUAAUGGAAAAUAAAUAAUAUGUGGGGAAUUGCUUACAAAAUUAAAGUUUAAUUAACAAAUUUGUGAGUAUAAGCCUAGGCAAUGAAUGAGCUGUACCGAAAACCAAACUGAAGUGAACAUGAUCCCAUCAGGUCUCAUUUUUAAACUCGUGCGUAAGUAGUUAUGUAGUUAUGUAAGUCCUUGGAACACUUUAUAUAACUUGAUAUGUUCAGGCUUAGGUUUCACCAUUAAUUACCGAUUUAUUAAAAAAUUAAAAAAAAGUCAAGAAUAUAACGCAAUCAAAGUUCAUUUAUAUUAAUUUUUGUACCACAUUUCUGAGGAACACCACUCAGCGAGGUCUCUUUUUAAAUUGAAAAUAACUACGUACAUAUAUAGUAAGUCGUAUAGUAUAGUAAGUAAUUGUAUCGAUAAAU